AUGGCUGAAAAAUUCCAAGUACCAAACGUUUCAAUUAAGGAGUUGCUGGGUGCCAUUCCCCCAGAAUGUUUCCACCGCUCCGCGUUCAAGUCAUCGCUAUACGUCGUCCAAGACGUAAUACUCUCAGCCAUCCUCAUCAAAGGCAGUUUCUAUAUACCAAUGAUAUCCCAAAUGACUGACAGCCACUCACUCUCUCUUUUCAUUUCUGCCUCGCUCUGGUCCCUCUUUUGGUUCGCUUUGGGCCUCGUUUGGACUGGUUUGUGGGUCAUUGCCCAUGAAUGCGGCCAUCAAGCCUACUCCUCCCGCAAAUCCAUCAACAACUCUGUCGGUUUCGUCCUCCACUCCCUCCUCCUUGUCCCGUACCACAGCUGGAGAAUUAGCCAUGGAAAACACCACGCUGCCACCGGUCACAUGUCUAGAGACCAGGUCUUUGUCCCUAAAACACGUGCUCAGAGAAAUGGCCCUAAGCUCGACUAUGAAGAUGCUGAUGAGAAAAUUCUCACCGGUGUCGACAUGCCUGAAGAAGAGCAGUUGAAGGUUUCUGAACUCCUCGAGGACGCUCCACUCGCCGUCUUUGUCAACCUCCUCCUCCAGCAGCUCAUCGGCUGGCCAAUGUACCUGGUUAGAAACGCUUCUGGUCAAAAGCACUAUCCAAGAGGCACCAACCACUUCAACCCAUCGUCUGCAAUCUUUGACUCGCGUCAUUUCUCCCAGAUCAUCGCUUCUGAUUUGGGUAUUGGCUUGGUUCUCGGCGGUCUCUACUAUUGGGGUACACAGAGAGGUUUCACUGAGGUGGUCUCUUACUACCUCAUUCCUUAUCUCUGGGUAAACAACUGGCUUGUUUCCAUCACUUUCCUCCAACACACUGACCCUGCUCUGCCUCACUACAGAGAGGGUAUGUGGAACUUCCAAAGAGGUGCUCUCUGUACCAUUGAUCGCGUGUUCCUUGGACCUAUUGGUGCAUACAUCUUGCACGGUAUCUGUGAAACUCACGUCGCUCACCACGUCUCAUCAAAGAUUCCACACUACAACGCAUGGAAGGCAACUGAUGCUUUAAAGGAGUACCUUGGACCACACUACCACUACUCAGACGACAACUUUAUUGUGGCAUUAUACAAAUCAUACCGCGAUUGCGUCUUUGUUGAAGAUAAGGGUGAUAUUGUCUUUUACAAGGAUGCUAGGGGUAGAGCUAGUCGUGUACCUGCAACGGAUUCCAAGCAAGGAUUCUCUGAUUCUGGUAUCGAAUUGCAGUAA